AUGGAAAUGCCUAAUGUCAUGCCUACAGUUACACUCUUGACGAUGAACAAUCAAUAUGUGCAGUUGCGCCAAGUUAAAAAGUGUGAGCCCUUCAGCCGCACUACGUUAUUCAAGAUUCUAGAUGUAUGGGAAGCCUCUCAGAGAAAGUCACUCCAAGGUCUCGACAAUACCACUGCUGAAGGAUCAGCAGCUUUCCACAAGGUUGAAAUAAUCACUGAUAGCCUAAAGAAAGUAGGAUUGGAGAAAAAAAAUGGUGCAUGUAAGCCAAAAGAAAGCUUUAGGAUGCUAAACGCUACUUCAAGACUUGUUAUCAUGUUCAUUGCAAGCCAGAGGAAGCCAAGUGUCCCAACCACUGCCACAAAUUCGCCCUCAGUGACUAACAAGAUCCCCAUUUUCAUGAAAUCUGUCCUCAUCAGCACUCAGAAACUUAGGGUUACUGUGAAAAAUAUGAAAAAUGUUCAUGAUGAAGUAGAAGUUCAAAUUAGAGGCUCUUCCUGGCACCCUUACAGUGAGGACUGACAGUUCUCUACAACUUCAAGCAGGUCUGCACAAAUAUGUUUCAUUGGAAAGUUCACAUCGUCAGAUCAGUGAAUCAAGAAGCAGCAAAGCAAGAUUAGUUGAAGAUGAUAGCGUUCAACCCAGAAUUGGCACUUCUUGUAAUGGACUGGGCGAUGAAGUUUAAGCAGCUCAGAUAUCAUGAGAAGCAGUCAGAUUGGUAUGGAAAGAGCGGCCUGAGCUUGCACAUCUCCACGGUCAUUUGCAGUGAUCCAGAAAAGGCAGGUAGCCUAGAAUUACAGUCUUAUGCUCACCUCUUUGAUGCUUGCCAGCAGGACUGGUUUGCGGUCUGUUCAGUUGCUGAGCACACUCUACAAGAAAUCAAGAGGCAGAAGCCACAUGUUUCUAAGAUCCAUCUGUGGUCAGAUGAAGGCGGCUGCUAUCAUAACAACUUCCUUAUCACUGCAGUAAAGGAUUUUGGUCAGAGGAUGGGUAUAGAGGUUUGCCACUAUGAUUAUUCAGAGCCACACUAUGGCAACAAUAUACGUGACAGAAUUUUAUGCCCAAUGAAAUCGUGCAUUAGAAGAUUCUGCGAUGAAGGACAUGAUAUUCUUACAGCAGCUGAC